UUUUAAAACAUUAGUAUUACGCUACAGGAGUAAAUUCUGGAUAUGUGGCGUCCUAUGAUGAUAUUUGAAAAAAUAUAUCAUAAUACUGGUUUAAUAAGUUUAAUAGAGAGUAAAUCUUGUAAAUCAUUAAUAAACAAUUACUGAAACAUCGAUUCUGAAAAUGUUUGAGUUAACGACUUGGGACAGUUUUGUGUACACCCUUCUUAUCCUGUUCCUCAUGCUGAUUCUCUCUAAACUGUUGGCAACACCACCCACAGUACUCAACAUCAGAGACAACAGGAACGGACACAGAUGGACGCUAAACAAGUUCAUCAUAGACUUCCCGCUUCACUGCAAUGGAUGCGAAACCUUUCUGUUCACCGCUACAGGUCAAUGCUGUACUGUUUGUGGUGCGGCAGCAUGUACAACUACUAAAUGUAUCCGAACAGUGGAUCGAAGAACUCCGUGUAAAUCUGUAUCUCGAGCUAGAACUGUAGAGGAGGCAACCUCGAAGAUGGAAGGAGAACGGAAACAUAGGUGGGUUGAAGGAAACCUACCCCUGGACUCUAUCUGUGACGUAUGUGAGGAUCCUGCCGGAGAUGGACCUGGACUCAAAGACUUCCAGUGUAUUUGGUGCCAGAGAAAGGUCCAUGUGGACUGCAAACAGCAAAUACAGGAAGAAUGUGAUCUUGGAAGGUUUAAAAACUUUAUCGUCCCCCCGGAAUCCGUGGUGGUCAAAACCGGACGGACGAUUCGCCGAAAAGUCAUCUCUGCUCUCGUCCUUCCUAAAAACAAGGAAUUUCGUCCACUGAUCGUCGUUGGGAAUCAAAAAUCUGGGAGCAGUGAUUGCGGCAACAUCCUUGCAGCGUUCCGGAGACAACUAAAUCCGUCCCAGGUGAUUGACCUGGCCGAGGGUAGGAUGGAGGAGGUCCUGGAGUGGUGCCAACUUGCAUCUCCUGUUCCCUGUACUAUACUGGUAUGCGGAGGGGAUGGAACAGUUGGCUGGCUUCUUAACACAGCGGAGAAAUUAAAAUUGAAAACUGAACCAAUCAUUUCAAUAUUUCCUCUGGGAACAGGAAAUGAUUUAGCUCGAACCCUGGGUUAUGGUUCAGGUUCUGAUUGUUCUGAGAAUAUCAACAAGUAUAUGGCAAACAUAGAAAAAGGAGAAACGGUGAAACUGGAUCGAUGGAAGGUUGAAGUACUCCCGAAGAGACAUCUACGAAUAAGACUCCCCAACUCCACAAUAUACAUGAACAACUAUCUUAGCAUUGGAGUUGAUGCCUUGGUUACUCAUAACUUUCAUAAGGCGAGGGAGUCUCCCUACUAUCUGUUCUCAUCCCGGUUGAUCAAUAAGCUGAUCUACUUCAGCUACGGGACCAAGGACGUCCUAGAGAGGGAGUGUCAACACCUCAACAAGAAGUUAAAUCUAUUCAUGGAUGGAAAAAAAAUAGAAUUACCAAAUAUAGAGUCUGUCGUUAUUUUAAACAUUCCAUUUUGGGGUGCUGGGGUUGAGCCCUGGACCCUGGGUUCCGGUCACAAAGAUUUCAAGAUACAGCAGGAUUACGCGGAUAGGAAGCUAGAGGUGUUCUGCGUUUACUCCAGCUUUCAUAUAGCACAGAUGCAGGUUGGUUUGAGUGAACCUCAUCGGAUCGGACAGGCAACCGAGGUACGGAUAGAAAUUGAGGAUUCGGUUCCUCUCCAGAUAGAUGGAGAACCUUGGGAACAACAUCCGGCAGUUAUUCAACUCUCACAUUAUUCACAGGUGUCGAUGCUAAGACUGAACAAAUGAAUAAUAUUUAAGUUAAACAACCCAGUUCAUUUUAAUCCAGUGAAAACAUUCAAGAGAUAUUAUAGACUUUGUGAUACAGUCAUUUACAAGCUAUUAACAUAUUAAAUGCAAUUAGUGAUUUCAUCAUUGUA